GCAGGCGGGAUAAAUCAGACGGAGCGGCGCGCUCUCUCACACUUUUGGCUGGAGAGCGCGAGACUACAGACAGAGAGAGAGCAUGCAGAGCGUUGGGCGCCCGCGCGCGCGCGCGCACUCAACAGCAACAGCAGCACCAACAGUAGGAGCAACUACAGCAUCAGCCGCCGCCGUUGCCGCGAGGCCCCGAGCGUGAUCGCUAGCUCGUGCGCGCGCUUCACCGUUCCGGUCCAGAGGCCUGUCUGCCUGCCUGCUCCGGUACUGCUGCCAUGCCGCUCGCGCUCCUCCUCUUCGAACCCCCCUUUAUCUUCAUCUUCUUCAGCAGCAGCACUCGGCCUCGAUUAGGAGCUCAGCAGCGCCUGGCUGCUGCACGACCCGCGGGAGAGGGAGCCCCCUGGAGCCCCCCGAGCUAUAGCGCCCCUGAGAGCCUCUGAGAGCGCGCUGGAGGAUUAAGCUCUCACAUUACUACUCUCUGCAUAUAGAAAGACACACACACACACACACACACACACUGAAAGAAAGAAAAACAACCAGAAGAAAGAAAAGUGCAGGAUGGAUGCCGCCCCCCACUUUCUGUCCCUGUGCGUGCUGCUGUUCUCUCUCGGCGCGCGGAUAGAGGAGGGCGCGUGCCAGCACUACUACCUCCUCCGCCCCGUCCCCAGCGACAGCCUGCCCGUGAUGGACCUCCUAGAGGACCCCGACCCCGCCCUGGACCCUAAGGACAGGGACCUGAACGAGACGGAGCUGCGCGCGCGACUGGGCGCGCACUUCGACGCGCACUUCAUGGCCGUGUCCGCGCCCGGCGCCGCCGGCGGGGAGGACGCGGAGACGGCUGCCGGGGCUGCUGCGUCUGCGGCGGCCGGGGGAGAUACGGACGCGUCCCGCCUGCGACCCGCCGGCCCCAUGCCCCGGGACAUCCGGACUCUGGACUUUGAGCUGCCCGGCUGGAAAAAGCCGAGCAAGAAGAUGCGCAGGCGCCUGCAGCUCUGGCUGUGGUCCUACACCUUCUGUCCGGUGGUCUACGCGUGGCAGGACUUGGGCAGCCGCUUCUGGCCGCGUUACGUCAAGGUGGGCAGCUGCGCGAGCAAGAGGUCGUGCUCUGUGCCCGAGGGCAUGGUGUGCAGCCCGGCCAAGUCCGCGCACUUAACUCUGCUGCGGUGGUACUGCAUCCCGCGCAAGGCGGGGGGGCUGCGGUGCUUGUGGAUCCCCGUGCAGUAUCCCGUCAUCUCGGAGUGCAAGUGCGCCUGCAGCACAUGAGGACCUGGAGAGUGGGGUUGCAGCGGUAUACCGGUGUUAGCUUUACCGCGGUAUGAAGAUGGACGGUUAUGAUACUGAUGUGUACAUUUUGCUUAUUGCAAAAAUUGUGGGGAUAAAACGGACAGAACAAAGAAUCCCACAAAUUUGCUGCUGUUUCAGAGUAAAAAAACAUAUAAAAAAGAAACAAUGAAUUAAUCAAGAAGCAGAUUAAUCUAUAACGAUUUGACAGAGCUUCACCUCAAUUUCACCUUAAUUAUUUUCAAAAGGGAGAUAACUUACAUAAUACUUAUAUUAAUAAAGUGCAUCAAAAUUUUAGCCUUUUUUUUAUUCAACACAAACAUGCUCUGUUUUCAUUUCUUUAAGGCUCAAUUUACAAUAAUAAUAAUAAUUAAAACAAUGCAAACAAAAAAAGAACAAGAAGAAAAGUGAUGAAAUGCUGUAUACUGUGAUCCCAUGAACCAUGAUAUUUUUGUAACGGUCAUCAUACCAUAAAAAUCCCAUGCCGUUGCAACCCUACUAAAGAGGCAUUCAAAAGCUACUCAAACUCAUUCUCUCUCUCUCUCUCUCUCUCUCUCUCUCUCUCUCUCUCUCUCUCUCUCUCUCUCUCUCUCUCUCUCUCUAUCUAUCUCUCACACACACACAUGCACUGUCCUGUCCGGUGUAGGAAUGUAAAUGCUAUGUAUAUGUGGUGUCUUUUAUAAUUUUUAUUCUUAUUAUUAUUAUAUUAUUAUUUUUUAUAACUCGUACAGAGGUCAGUAUUACGUAUAUCCAGCGUCUACUGUAUUUGCUGAGCAUACUUUGGUUGUAAUGUAUUUAUGGUGAGAACAUUUCGCAUUAAAGUGCGUUUAUUUGAAGGAAUUCCAAGCUUUUUCCAUUAUUCGGAAAAAAAUGAGAAACUAUAUAUAUUAUCUGACUUUUAUAGACCUCAAAUGAAAUAAAGCUAUAGAAUACAGUGUCAGUUUGCAGCUUGCUGUGCUGUGAAUGGAAAAAAAAACGGGGCAAUGGAGUUAACUCAUGAAUCAUCCUGUAAAUUAAGAGAAACGUUUAUUUAUUCUUUAUUUCCAUGUAGUCUAAAGUCAUUUGAAAUAAAACCACUAAAAGGGCAA